UUGCAUACAUUUUAUCACUGAAAACAUGUCGCAUACAUUUUAACAAGUUAACAAAAAUCUAUUUGAGACACAAUUGAAGAUGACAGCAAAGGAAAAACACUGCCCUCUCUUCUCUUUAGUUAUACAGAAAGAUUUGACAGUCUACAUCAUAUUGAUACCACAAAGCAGGUUGAAUACAUUUGGAUUUUGGACAAAGCAAUAGGGCCGUCUGGUUCAGUUUCUCCAUUAACAGAUAUUCACACUGCUGAAAUCACCAUUCUGCAGAAUUUGGUACUUUCUAUAUCUAUUCACACACACACACUAUAUAUAUAUAUAUAUAGAUACAAAGCUCAGAUUUAUCACAAACACAUUAUGAAUCCCAACAACCCCCAAAACCCCAAUCCAAGAAAUUCAUUAUUCAAACCCUCAUAUUUGUUUUCAUUUUUAAUCAUCUUAAUUGCAAUUUCUAUCUCACUAAUCAUCCCACAAACAAAUUACAUCAAAUCACAACUUUUUCCCCAAAUAUUGAAACUUUUAGGGCUUAAUCACACAAUUUUAAAUCUUAAUAAACCAACCCCAUUAAACCCUUAUACUAAUCCAUGUGUUUUAUGGAUGGCCCCUUUCAUUUCUGGUGGUGGGUAUUGCUCUGAAGCUUGGUCUUAUGUAUUAUCUCUUAAUAAGUAUAAUAAAGAUGCUAACUUUACAUUAAGUAUUGCGCAACACGGAGAUGGUGAAAAUGUAUACUUUUGGGAGGGUUUGCCUUUAGAUAUGAAAAGAUUAGCUUAUGAAUUGUAUGGAAGAGAAUGUAGGUUAAAUGAGUCAAUUGUGAUUUGUCAUAGUGAGCCUGGUGCUUGGAACCCGCCAUUAUUUCAAACGACGCUUUGCCCUCCGUUGAAUAGUAGGUUUAGUAUCGGACGAACUAUGUUUGAAACCGAUAGAGUGAACCCCGAACAUGUUAAACGGUGUAAUGCUAUGGAUAUGGUGUGGGUUCCUAGUGAUUUUCAUGUGGCUACUUUUGUUAAAAGUGGUGUUGAUCCAUUUAAGGUUGUGAAAGUUGUACAAGCUAUAGAUACAGAGUUGUUUGACCCGGUGAGAUAUAGUCCGUUGGAUGUUUCGUCUUUGGGGAAUUUGGUACUUGGUUUGGGUUCAAGUGGGUCAGAUUUGAGAAACCCGUUUGUUUUCUUAAGUGUGUUUAAGUGGGAGUACAGAAAAGGUUGGGAUGUGUUGUUACGAUCGUACCUUAAAGAGUUUGAUUCUUUGGAUGGUGUUAGUUUGUAUUUGCUAACAAAUCCUUACCAUUCUGAUAGCAAUUUUGGUAACAAGAUAGUGGAAUUUGUGGAGGAUUCUGAGUUAGUGAAACCCGUAAAUGGCUGGGCUCCAGUUUAUGUGAUUGAUGCGCACAUAGCUCAAUUUGAUUUUCCAAGACUUUAUAAAGCAGCUGAUGCUUUUAUCUUACCAACUAGAGGAGAAGGAUGGGGUCGGCCUAUUGUGGAAGCCAUGGCUAUGUCUUUGCCAGUGGUUGUAACGAAUUGGUCUGGACCAACAGAGUAUAUGAACGAGAAAAACAGCUACCUGUUGCCCGUUGAUAAAAUGAGUGAAGUUAUUGAUGGUCCGUUUAAAGGGCAUAUGUGGGCAGAGCCUUCUGUUGAUAAGCUAAGGUUUUUGAUGAGGCAUGUGGUGAACAAUCCAGAAGAAGCCAAGAGUAAAGGAAAGAAAGCCCGUGAGGAUAUGAUCGAUAAAUACUCUUCAAAGAUAGUUGCAAACAUAGUUUCUGAUCAGAUACAGCUUAUUCUUGAAAAAGUGGCUUAAAAUAUCGGCAUCUUUUGUGUCGAUUUUUUAUUGCAAGGUGUAAAUGGAAGCAGUCUCUCUACCAUUGGGUAGAGGUAAGACUGUCUACAACUCACCUCCCCAUGCCCCACUCUUGGGUCACGUUGUUGUUUUCUCAGGGUGUAAAUGGAGAAACUGGUGUGCACUAA